AUGGUAUUGUCGUGCUCUUCGAAAAUGACACCAAGAUCAGUCUUGUUCACCGCCGCUGCAAUAACCGCUUUUCUGACAACAUGCAGCGCUUCCAUCGAAAACCCUGCCAUCCAGCCCACUCCCCCCAUGGGCUUCAACAACUGGGCCCGCUUCGAGUGCGUGCUCAACGAGACGCUCUUCACGGAGACAGCGGACGCCAUGGUCGCGACCGGCCUGCGUGCGGCCGGCUACGAUCGUCUCAACCUCGAUGACUGCUGGAUGGCCUACUCGCGGGCGCCAAACGGCUCUCUCCAGUGGAACGAGACCAAGUUCCCGCAUGGCCUGCCCUGGCUGGCAGACUAUGUCAAGGCGCGAGGAUUCCACCUGGGCAUUUAUGAGGAUUCCGGCAAUGCCACCUGUGGCGGGUACCCUGGCUCCUAUGGGCAUGAGCAGCUGGACGCAGAGACAUUUGCGUCCUGGGGCAUCGACUAUCUCAAGCUGGACGGCUGUAAUGUCUAUCCCGACACGGAGCAAGAAUACCAGGCGCGGUACUCGCACUGGCACCAGAUCUUCAGCAACAUGUCUCACCCGCUCGUCUUCUCCGAGUCCGCCCCGGCGUAUUUCGCUUCCGGCGACAAUCUCACGGACUGGUACACGGUUAUGGACUGGGUGCCCGUCUACGGCGAGUUGGCCCGGCACUCGACGGACAUCCUGGUCUACGUCGGCGAGGGCAGCGCCUGGGACAGCAUCAUGGUGAACUACAACUACAACCUCUUGCUGGCGCGGUACCAGGCGCCGGGGUACUACAACGACCCGGACUUUUUGAUCGCGGACCACCCGGGCCUGACACUGGACGAGAAACGCUCGCACUUCGCGCUGUGGGCGUCCUUCUCGGCGCCGCUGAUCAUCAGCGCGUACAUCCCGGCUCUGCCGGACGAGGUCAUCGCGUACCUGAAGAACAGCGACCUGAUCGCGGUGGACCAGGACCGUCUCGCACAGCAGGCGACGCUCGUCAGUCGCGACGACAGCUUUGACGUGCUGACCCGGAGCCUCGCCAACGGCGAUCAACUGCUGACGGUGCUGAAUCGGGGGAACGACACCGCCAGCACGAGCAUCGCUGUGGCCCGGCUGGGACUGGAGGAGGCGGGAUGUUCCUACGCAGCAAAGGAUCUCUGGAAUGGCACCUGGACGACGAUCGUUGACGGGAAGAUUGAUAUCAAGGACCUUGCUUCGCAUGCGACUGCCGUCUACCGCAUCUCUCUCCCACCGCGCUGCUCUGCGGUCGUCCCCACAGGCAUGAUCUUCAACACCGCAUCCAAGAACUGUCUGACCGCAUCCUCCCAGCAUGGAAUCAGCUUUGCGGAAUGCAACGGCGACGACACGCAGGUGUGGCAGGUUCGCUCGUCGGGCACAAUCAGCCCGUUGUCUGAUCAGUCGGCUUGCCUGACAGCAGAGGAUGGUGCCUCUGUUGUCGGAUUAUCUCCCUGCGGGAAGGACAAGAACCAACAGUGGGCGUACGCUGUGACGGGAAAUCUGAAGAAUGUGGCUUCUGGCGUUUGCUUGACGGAAGGGGCUCAGAAUAAUACUGUCACUGUGUGCGGCUUUGAGAAGAAUACUCAAGUAUGGGCUCUUCCGAGCGGUGUUGAGGUCAGUAGAUAG